AUGGAGCCCGAGGAGCGGAAGAUCUCGGUGUGGAUCUGCCAGGAAGAGAAGCUGAUCUCGGGGCUUUCCCGGCGCACCACCUGCUCGGACGUGGUGCGCGUGUUGCUGGAGGACAGCCACCACCGGCGGCAGCGGCCGGCGCCGCCCGAGCCCGGCGGCGGGAUGCUGUCGGGGCCGCCGCACUCCUACUGCAUCGUGGAGAAGUGGCGCGGGUUCGAGCGCAUCCUGCCCAACAAGACGAAGAUCCUGCGGCUGUGGGUGGCGUGGGGCGACGAGCAGGAGAACGUGCGCUUCGUACUGGUGCGCAGCGAGGCCUCGCUGCCCAACGCGGGUCCGCGCAGCGCCGAGGCGCGGGUGGUGCUGAGCAGGGAGCGGCCCGGCCACGGCCUGGGGGCGGCCCGCGCCAGCCUGGCGCUCACGCAGGAGCGGCAGCGGCGGGUGGUGCGGAAAGCCUUCCGCAAGCUGGCCAAGAUCAACAAGAAGCGGCAGCAGCCGCUGGCCCGGGAGGCCUCCUCGGCCGAGAGGAUGGAGACGCUGGUGCACCUGGUGCUCUCGCAGGACCACACCAUACGGCAGCAGAUCCAGCGGCUGCGAGAGCUGGACCGCGAAAUCGACCGUUACGAGGCCAAGAUCCACCUGGACCGCAUGAAGCGGCACGGCGUCAACUACGUGCAGGACACCUACCUGGUGGGCGCCGGCGGCGAGGAGCCGGGACGGGAGGCGCAGCCCGCCGCCGGCCGCCCCGAGGACGACUACGCCAGGAAGUGCGAGGAGGUGCUGCAGCUGCAGGAGCAGCGGGCACAGCAGGAAGAGCUGCUGGAGCACCUGGCCGCCGAGAUCCAGGAGGAGCUCAACGAGCGCUGGAUGAAGCGGCGGCGGGACGAGCUGGAGCUGGCGGCGGGGCCCGGCUUGGCCGAGGCGGACUGUCACACCACCGAGCUGAGCGGCGGCGGCGAGGGCGAGCUGCAGCUGGAGCACGAGCGGGUCAAGACGCAGCUGAGCACUAGCCUCUACAUCGGCCUCAAGCUCAGCACGGACCUAGAGGCCGUCAAAAGCGACCUGGACUGCACGCAGCGGGCUUGGGAGGCCCGCGAGCGGGAGCUGCAGCGGCUGCUGGAGACGCUGGGCACUCUGGACGUGGCGGAGGCGGCGGCUGAGCCGCGCGGGGCGGCGGGGGGCGGCUGGCCGGAUCCGGGGCUGCGCAAGGACCGCGCCGACAACGACGAGGACUCGGACACGGGGCUGAGCUCCAUGCACAGCCAGGACUCGGACUCGGUGCCCGUCUGCGAGUCCCUCGUGUAG